CUCCGUUGGGCGGAGCCUCGGUGGGGGCUGUGAGUGACACCCAUCUCCGCUCUCCCAUUGGCUGCCACCGCUGAGUGGGCGGAGCCACAGGGGCGCUCGGGAAACCCCUUUCCCCUCUCCCCUCCCAUUGGCUGCUCCCCUCAGUGGGCGUUCCCCUCGCUGAGGCGCCUCGCGCUCUGAUUGGCCGCCGCCCUCGGAGCUCGCCUCCCAUUGGCCCGCAGCGCCCUUCGUGGGCGGGGCCGGCGCUGAGGCAGCGCAGUGAUGGCGGCCGCUCGGGUGUCCGCUGGACGGGACCUCAGUUGUGUGCCGGAGGUGGCCGCGGCCCUGGCGGCUGUGGCCAGACAGGGGUUUGACUUCCUGUGCCUGCCCCUGUUCCACCCCCGGCACCGGCGCGAGUUCCAGCGGGAGCCUGCGAGGAGCAGAGCUGGGCCCCACACCCGCUCCGACCUCCUGCUCUCCGGGAGGGACUGGAACACACUGAUCGUGGGUAAACUGUCCCCAUGGAUCCGUCCGGAUUCACCUCUGGAGCAUGUGAGGAGGAACUCGGAGGAGGCCCUGAGACAAGAACUGGGCUUCAGUGCAUACCUGGGGCUGCCUGCGGUGCUGGUGCCUCUGAGGCAGCGACACAGCCCUAACCUGGCCAGGAUGCUGUGUACCCACCUGCAGGCUGCACACCACAGUGCUAUGGUGUGGGUGCAGGUGCCCCUCAUGGCCCCCGAGGAUGAGCGCGAGGACCUGGUGGGCAACGAGGAGCUGGAGCGUGGGGGGGACGAGACCACGUGGGGAUGGUGGAACGACUUCCGCACCCUCUGUGACUACAACAAGCGGGUCGGGGUCGCCCUAGAAGUGGGUCCAGACCUGCCCUCAUCCGCUGCCAUUGACCGCUGGUUAGGGGAGCCCCUGAAGGCUGCACUGCUGCCCACCAGCCUCUUCCUCACCAACAAGAGAGGCUUCCCAGUGCUCUCCAGGGCCCACCAGCGCCUGCUGGCCCGGCUGCUCAAGCUGGAGGUGCAGGUGGUGCUGACGGGCGCCCCCCGCCAUGGGGGGAAGCCUCUGGGCUCCUACCUGCAGUACAUGGAACAUGUGGGUCAGCAUCGUCCCCCCCCCUCUGCCUAUGAGCUGUUCGCUAGGGGCUAUGAGGACUACCUGCAGAGCCCCCUGCAGCCCCUAAUGGACAACCUGGAGUCUCAGACCUAUGAGGUGUUCGAGAAGGAUCCAAUCAAAUACUCCCAGUACCAGCAGGCUAUCUAUAGGUGCCUGCUGGACAGGGUGCCUGAGGAGGAGAAGGACACCAAUGUGCAGGUGGUGAUGGUGCUGGGCGCAGGCCGGGGCCCGCUGGUGAGCGCUGCCCUCAGAGCCUCCAGGCAGGCAGCCAGAGCCAUCCGGGUCUAUGCGGUGGAGAAGAACCCUAAUGCUGUGGUCACGCUGCAGAGCUGGCAGUACGAGGAGUGGGGGGCACAGGUGACAGUGGUGGCUGAGGACAUGAGGGGCUGGACCCCCCCCGAGCCUGCGGAUCUGGUGGUGUCUGAGCUGCUGGGGUCAUUUGGGGACAAUGAGCUGAGCCCUGAGUGCCUGGAUGGGGCUCAGCACUGCCUCAAGGCCGGGGGUGUCAGCAUCCCCUGCUCCUACACCUCUUUCCUGGCUCCCAUCUCCUCCUCCAAGCUCUACACUGAGGUGCGAGGCUGCCGAGAGCGGGACCGGGACCCUGAGGCCCAGUUUGAGAUGCCCUAUGUCGUUCGCCUGCACAACUACCACCAAUUGGCCUCCCCCCAACCCUGCUUCACCUUCCAGCACCCCAACCCCGAGCCAACCAAUGACAACAGCCGCUUCCGGGUCAUGACCUUUGGCAUCGGGGCGGACUCGGUGCUGCAUGGCUUCGCGGGAUACUUCGAGACCACUCUCUAUGGGGAGCUCGGACUCAGUAUCCGCCCCGAGACUCACUCCCCAGGGAUGUUCUCCUGGUUCCCAAUCUUCUUCCCCCUCAAGCAACCGCUCCCGUUGAAGGCCGGCGAGGACCUGACCGUUGCCUUCUGGCGCUGCUGCACCCCCAAGAAGGUGUGGUACGAAUGGGCCGUGACCGCUCCCGUCCCCUCGGCCCUGCACAACCCCUCGGGCCGCUCCUACACCAUCGGCCUCUGAACAAUAAAGGGAACUCCCCUUUGACCCUCAC